AUGGCGUGCGGCAUAUGGGGGCGGUACACGUGUAGCGGAUGUACAGAGCGGCACAGAGACAGGGCACCAACAAAACUGACCACACACGGCUUGACUCGCCUCUACGCCCGAUCCAAUUCCACUAAAACAGACACCAUUCCUCCCUUCAAAUUCAUUCCGCUGCCCACUCUCCCACAUAAUCAUUUCUUUCCGUCCCCCCCCUUCUCGCUUUCCGAGUACUCCUACAUCAGCCAGUUCAAAAGCCGACCCCCUUCCCUCCUGCUCCUCUCACCUUCACCAAGCAAAAUUUUGCACAUUCCUCCGAGACCACCCUCCCCCCAAAAAGACUACCGAAAAAUGGUCUCCACUCCCUGCCAGGAUGGUCUCAAGAUCUGCUGCAUUGGCGCUGGCUACGUCGGCGGGCCGACCAUGUCCGUCAUAGCCCUCAAGUGCCCCGAGAUCACUGUCAACAUUGUCGACAUCUCGGAGCCGCGCAUCGCUGCCUGGAACAGCGACAACCUCCCCAUCUACGAGCCCGGUCUAGACAAGGUUGUCAAGGCCUGCCGCGGCCGAAACCUCUUCUUCACCACCCAGGUCGACCAGUGCAUCAAGGAGGCCGACAUCAUCUUUGUCGCCGUCAACACCCCGACCAAGAAAGUCGGCAUUGGCGCCGGCCGCGCCGCAGACCUCACUUACUGGGAGCUCGCCGCCCGCCGCAUCGCUCAGGUCGCGGAAACCCCUAAGAUUGUCGUCGAGAAGAGCACCGUCCCCAUCAAGACCGCGGAGGCCAUUUCUGCCGUCUUACACGGCGCGGGCAAGACCCAGUUUUCUGUUUUGAGCAACCCGGAGUUUCUCGCAGAAGGAACCGCCAUCGAGGAUCUCGACGCCCCGGAUCGCGUACUCAUUGGAAGUACCUUGUGUGAAGAAGGCAGCAAGGCCUCUCAGACUUUGGCUGAUGUCUACGCUCACUGGGUUCCGCGUGAGAAGAUUUUGCAGACCAACGUCUGGUCUUCCGAGCUCUCCAAGCUCGUUGCCAACUCGUUUUUGGCUCAGCGUGUCUCCUCCAUCAACGCCGUCUCGGCUAUCUGCGAGGCUUCUGGAGCUGAUGUGGAUGAGGUUGCUCGAGCUGUCGGUAUGGAUACCCGUAUCGGUCCCAAGUUUAUGAAAGCCUCAGUCGGCUUUGGUGGCUCAUGCUUCCAGAAGGAUAUUCUCAACCUUGUCUAUCUGUGCGAGUCAAUGGGGCUUCCGGAGGUUGCCCACUACUUCCAUCAAGUUGUCCAGAUGAAUGAUCUGCAGAAGGAGCGCUUUGUGUCGCGCAUUAUUCAUGGCCUGUUCAACACGAUCACAGGCAAGAAGAUUGCGCUUCUUGGGUUUGCCUUCAAGAAGGACACUGGCGAUACGCGUGAGUCGGCCGCUAUUGAAAUUUGUCGCCGUUUCAUCGAGGAGAAGGCGCAGAUCGCCAUCUACGAUCCCAAGGUCGAGGAGGAGCAGAUUUGGAGUGAUUUGACCGGGGCCUGUCAAAUGGACAAGAUAGAAGUGCAAAAGUAUGUCACCUUGUGCCCUGACGCUAUCACCGCAUGCGACAAUGCUCAUGCGAUGGCUGUCGUAACCGAGUGGGAUGAAUUCAAGGAUAUCAAUUACAACAAGGUGUUUGAGAAGAUGAUCAAGCCGUCAUUUGUUUUUGACGGUCGCAACGUGCUUGAUCACGAGCUGCUGCGUAAGAUCGGUUUCAUUGUGUACGCCAUUGGAAAGCCGCUGGACCCCAAACUAAGCACUGCUUAAACGCGUAGAAUGUUUUCUUCUCCCUCCAACUAAUUCUUUUGACAUUUUGACCUAGGAUUCUUUUCGGACUCUUCUCGUUCAAAACUCAGUGCCAUUCGGAGGCUGCGGUUGCCAUAGUCUCACGAAGUGGUUUUCUGGGGCAUUGUUUUCUUGCGGCGUUCGUGCCGUCUCCGUGAGCUGCCAUAGGUCACGUAGUUUUUUUUUGUUUUCUUUUCGUAGCGGAGUGCUCUAGAAGUGGUACUGAUAUGUCUUCUACGUGCGUUGCUUUUGCUACUCUUUCCCGUUCGAUAAAACU